CUUUGGAGAGUUCCGGAACAGCAAAUUUCUAUCUCAAACUCAAAUUCUUCACUUAUUAUAGCUCCAGUCUACAGGUUUUUUUAAUAGAAGGAAUGUGACUUGAGAAAGUUAACGUGAAAUCAGCACUGAACUUUAUUAGUUGCUGCCAUUAAGAUUUGUAGACUGAAAAGAUUUUUUUCUCCAAUUCACCUCUGAAUUAAUAUUGAGAUACUUUCACAAUGUCGAGCAAAGAAGUGAAGACUGCCCUGAAGAGUGCACGAGACGCAAUCAGAAACAAAGAGUACAAAGAAGCUUUGAAACAUUGCAAGACAGUGCUAAAACAAGAAAAAAACAACUAUAAUGCCUGGGUCUUCAUUGGUGUUGCUGCGGCUGAACUAGAACAGCCCGACCAGGCUCAGGGUGCCUAUAAAAAGGCUACCGAACUAGAGCCAGAGCAGCUGCUUGCUUGGCAGGGGCUAGCAAGUUUGUAUGAGAAGUGUGAUCAUGAAAAUGCUAAGGGUGAUUUACCUGGGGUUUACCAAAAGCUGUUGGAUCUCUAUGAAAGUGUUGACAAGCAGAAGUGGUGUGAUGUCUGUAGGAAACUCGUGGAUCUACAUCACCAGGAAAAGAGAUACCUAGAGGUGGCUCGGACAUGGAGUAAACUGAUAAAGACACGGCAAGAUGACGGAGCAGACAAGCAAGAGCUUUACGAGCUGUGGAGAAAACUGACUCAGAUGCUCGCUGAGGAGAUAGAGGAUCAGGAUAAUGAAACCCAGCAGAUGCUGUGGAUGGCAUUUGAGAACGCACUGGACUUAGCGGACAGCAUUCCCAGUGAAGAGCACCAAGGGCUUUAUCAGCGUUUCCUUCAGUGCUUAUCUAAAUUCCCUCAUGAGACAACUAGGUUGAAGAAGGCCUGUGAAGGAAUGAUAAAUAUCUAUCCUACUGAACAAUAUCCACUAGAAGUGAUUUGUUUAUACUUGAUUGAGUCAGGGAGUCUGACAGAUGAGGGACAGCAGUAUUGUUGUAAACUAGUGGAAAUGAAUUCAAAAAGUGGUCCAGGCCUCAUUGGCUUAGGCGUUAAAGCUUUACAAGACAAGAAGUAUGAAGAUGCUGUUAAUCACCUAACGGAAGGCUUGACAGAAAGCCCUCUUUGCAUAACCGGCUGGUAUCAUCUAGCAGAAGCCCAAGCCAAAGUGCACAGACCUAAGGAAGCUAUUCUUUCUUGCAACCAAGCACUUAAGAACAUAGAUGAUCACGGUGCAGCAGGUGGCCGUCAUCAUCAGAAGAAUUUUUGUCUUCUUCUGAAAGCAGAGGCUUUGCUUAAACUCUCCGAUUGUGAAUCUUCAGAGGAAGCAAUUCGCAUUCUCGAUCAGGUUUCAGAUGCAGAUAAUACCCCACGACUGCUGGUUCUUCAAGGCCAGGCUCAUCUGAACACAGGCGCUGUAGACAAGUCUGCGAAGAUCAUGGAAGACCUUAAAGCUUCUUACCCUGGCCUGGCCGAAGUCCACGCACUUGAGGGCUUGAUUCAUUUUUCUAAGAAGGACUAUCUGCAAGCAGAAGCAUGUUUCCAGAGAGCACUUGAGAAAGACUCCGAAAUUGCUGAAUAUCAUUAUCAGCUUGGGUUGACAUACUGGUUCAUGGGUGAAGAAACAAGAAAAGAUAAAGCAAAGGCUCUUGCCCAUUUUCUGAAGGCUGCAAGACUGGACACAUACAUGGGUAAAGUUUUCUGCUAUUUAGGUCAUUAUUACCGCCUUGUCGCUGGAGACAGAAGCAGAGCUCGCGGAUGCUACAGGAAAGCCUUUGAAUUAGAUGGCAGCGAUGCUGAGUCCGGAGCAGCAGCCGUCGACCUGAGUGUGGAACUUGAAGACACGGAAACUGCUUUGGCUAUCUUAACAGCAGUAACUCAAAAGGCAAGUGCCGGAGCAGCGAAGUGGGCCUGGCUGAGGCGAGGCCUGUACCAUCUGAGAGCUGGUCAACAUUCUCAAGCCGUGGCCGAUUUGCAGGCGGCACUAAGGGCAGACCCAAAGGACUGCAAUUGUUGGGAAUCCUUGGGAGAAGCGUACUUGAGCAGGGGAGGCUAUACGACAGCCUUGAAGUCUUUCACCAGAGCCAGUGAGCUGAACCCAGACUCCACCUACAGUGUGUUUAAAGUGGCAGCCAUACAGCAGAUCCUAGGCAGGUAUGCAGAGGCCGUUGCUCAGUAUCAGCUGAUCAUUGAAAAGAAAGAGGAUUAUGUGCCAGCCUUGAAAGGUUUGGGUGAGUGCUAUCUGAUGAUGGCGAAAGCAGCCUUAGCGGAUUUUCUGGACGGAAAGGCGGUAGACUAUGUGGAAAAAGCGCUGGAAUAUUUUACUGGGGCACUGCAACAUCGAGCUGAUGUGUCCUGCCUCUGGAAGCUCGCUGGGGAUGCCUGCACCAGCCUGCAUGCUGUUUCACCAUCUAAAGUGCAUGUUCAUGUCCUAGGAGUCCUCCUCGGUCAGCAGGGAGGAAGAGAAGUACUACAGAAAGAUGAGCUCCUGCAUCUUGGAGGAAGGUGUUAUGGUCGUGCAUUAAAGUUGAUGUCUACAUCUAAUACAUGGUGUGAUCUUGGAAUUAAUUAUUACCGCCAAGCACAGCAUCUAGCAGAGACAGGCAACAGCACGGAUGGUCUUACAGAGCUACUGGAGAAAUCUGUGCAUUGUCUGAAAAAGGCUGUGAGACUGGACAGCAAUAAUCACUUAUACUGGAAUGCUCUUGGUGUGAUUGCAUGUCACCGUGGUAUUGGAAAUUAUGCCCUUGCUCAGCACUGUUUUAUCAAAUCAAUCCAGGCAGAACAAAUUAAUGCUGCUGCCUGGACCAACUUAGGCGUGCUCUACCUCGCAACUGAAAACAUUGAGCAAGCUCAUGAAGCUUUCAAAAUGGCUCAGUCCCUUGAUCCGUCUUAUCUACUGUGCUGGAUUGGACAAGCUCUUAUUGCAGAGACAGUUGGAAGUUAUGACACCAUGGAUCUCUUCAGACACACUACAGAGCUCAGUAUGCAUACUGAAGGAGCCAUAGGUUAUGCAUAUUGGGUUUGUACAACAUUACAAGACAAAAGCAACAGAGAAACGGAGCUCUACAGGUAUAACAUCCUCCAGAUGAACGCUGUCCCUGCAGCACAGGGUGUUCUGUGUAAAUACGUGGAAAGGAUUCAGAAUUAUGCUCCAGCUUUCACGAUGUUGGGUUAUUUAAACGAACAUCUGCAGCUGAGAAGAGAAGCCGCAGAGGCGUACCAAAGGGCGGCUGCUCUGUUACAUCCCACAGAAGACCAAGACACUUACACUGUUACAGUGAGAAACUGGGGCAGAUUGCUAUGCUCCAUUGGUGAAUAUGACAGAGCUGUGCAAGCCUUUGAGUCGACGCCCCUUGAGGAACUAGAGGACAUCAUAGGGUUUGCAUUGGCCUUGUUUAUGAAGGGACGGUAUAAGGAGAGCAACAAAGCCUAUGAGAGAGCCUUGACCGUUGUGAAAUCAGAGCAAGACAAAGCUCAUGUCUUGACAGCCAUGGCAAUAACAGAAUACAAACAAGGACAAAUGGAUGCAGCCAAGUCAUUGCUUUUCAAAUGCUCUAUUUUAAAGGAACCAACCAUCGAAAGCCUGCAAGCCCUGUGUGCCCUAGGGUUGGCAAUGCAGGAUGCCACACUGUCGAAAGCAGCUCUUAAUGAGUUACUGAAGCACGUCAGACACAAGCAGGAUUACCACAGGUGCCUUCUCACGGCGGCAGUGUGUGCACUGCAGGGCCGCAGCGUGGCUGUGCAAAGACAGGCCGCUAAGGCUGUCCACAGUAACCCAGCUGACCCGGCUCUUUGGUCUUUGCUGUCUCGAGUUGUUGCUCAGUACACUCAACGGAAUGCAAAGGGAGGUGCUGUAGCUGGACUCGUGGCUCAUAUUCUGGAUUCAAAUCAUGGAAAGAAGGCGUUAUUGUAUACUGCGUUAAACCAGUUGGCCAUGGGAAGCAGUUCAGCAGAAGACGGAAAAAAUGUUUCUCUAAAGACCAUUCAGAAGGCAGCUUUCCUUUCUCCAGAUGACCCUGCUGUCUGGGCUGGACUGAUGGCAUCCUGCCAUGCUGAUGACAAACUGGCCUUGGUCAGCAACACUCAGCCAAAGAGGGCCAAUUUGCACUUGGCACAGCUGUCUGCUGUUUCUAUCGCACUUAAGGACAAAGACAUUUUGCAGAAUUACAACCAGUCACUUGAAAAGUGGUGUCUCUCCCAAGCUGUCACUGGUCUAAUUGACACAGGAAGAAUAUCUGAAGCUGAAUCUCUGUGCACAAAGAAUUUAAAAGGCAACCCUGAUCAGCCAGCUGUUAUCUUGCUGUUGAGACAAGUGCAGUGUAAAUCACUCCUGGAGUCUCAGAAGCCCCUCCCAGAUGCUGUACUGGAAGAACUGCAAAAAACAGUCAUGUCCAACUCCACCUCUGUUCCGGCCUGGCAGUGGCUGGCACAGGUGUAUCAGUCCCAAGGAAUGAUGGGUGCUGCAGAGAUGUGCUACAGAAAGAGUCUACAAGUGGCAUCCCAACAGGGCAGCUGGAGUGGGAAGCUCUCGAGUCUGUUGAAGCUGGCACUGCUUGCAUUGGAUGUGUGCAUGGCUAAUGUUUCUGGUGAUCACUGGUCGUCCUUGCUUCAAGAAGCCACAAGUGAGGCCUUGAAAGUUUGCUUCUCUCCGCUGGCUGUCUUCUUGCAAGCUUUGUUACAGUUCAACCGUAAGAUGGGAGCAAGAGAGACGCGGCGACUCUUGGAGAGAGUAGUGUACCAGUCUGGCUAUCCCAACUCAAUUGUAUCAACGGCACGUUGGUACCUCUUAAGACACCUCUAUGCGAAAAAUGACCAGGAGCUCAUUGAUGUGUUGGUGAAGAAUGCUGAAACCCACAGUGAUAAAAGGACACUGGAACUGAAUGAGAAGCUGUCAUCACAGUAAUCGUGGUGUGGAAUACAGUCAGAACUGAAGACAAUAGGAGGAGGCAGCGAGAACAGCAUUUUCUCAAACUGUACUGUAUCUGCUGGGUGUGGUGCGCACGCCUUUACUCCCAGCACUCAGGAGGCGGAGGUGGGUGGGUGGUGAGUUACAGACCACCCAGCAGUAAGAUUCCAUCUUGACAAAAUAAAAACAAGUAAAUUAAAACCUAUAGUUUUAAUCAUCCUUUGCUUUUCCUUUUUUUCCAUUUAUUUAGAGAAAUUGAAGUUCUUAAGUUAGGGGUGUAACUUUCCAGUACUCCUUGAUCUGCUUUUAACCUGAAAGACAUGACAUCUCUGACUUGGUCCUCAUUCCUUAGUUGUUUUUUGUAUGUUUGUUUGCUUAUUUUUUCUUUCCUAGACAGAGUUUCUCUGUGUAGCCUUGGCUGCCCUGGAACUUGCUCUGAAGACCAGGCUGCCCUGCCACCUGCCUCCGCCUCCAGGUGCUGAGAUUAAAGGCAUAUGCCGCUGCCACCCAGCACAGACCAUUGUUUUACAUUUGCAUGGGUAGAAUAGGGUUGCUUCUCACAAUA